ACGGCACAGGCGUCGUUCGCGUUUGCUUGCCUGGCUGUAGCCGCUGUUUAGCCAUUCUUGGGUCUAUGUGAACUUUUUUAUUUCUGGUUUUAUUGUUGUUACUGACAUAAGAGUAUUCACACUUCGUAGCUAAAUUUUUAUGUAUGUACAGACAGCAAAUUACAUAAAUUCCGAGUAAUCAAGUGACACGUUCGACUUUAUAAUGCGCUGAUAGUUCAUACGCAAGUGACGAACGGUAGCGAUAAAUUAUUUUGCUUAUAAUGACGAGGUGAAGAACGGGAAUCUCGGUACAUUAUUCAAUCCACCAGAAGAGGGACAAAAUGGAGGAUGGCAAAGCUUCAGAAGAAAUGUGGCGUAAUAAAGGAAAAACGGAAAAUAGAAGCAGUUUAUUUGGUGGAGAAGCUGCUGCAGCCUCAGUUGAUUCUAGCUCUGCAUCUUUGGCUGAUAUAUUUGAUACUGCUUUCACCUCCACGGUGGAUCCAACACCGCAAUCACGGUUUCCCGCAGGAAAUGAAAUGGAGUAUGAGCAUUUGUUUGCCGACAGUGAUAUAGAAGAAGCUGACGUAGUCCCAGUAGAGCCAUUUCCGAGCCAAGCACAUCAUUCAAGCUCUGAAAACAAUCUUAUAUUCUGGCCAUAUCUUCCAUCUACAGAACGCAAUGCACACUCUCGAGAGUAUCGACACGCCGGACGCAUGAACUGUAAUAUGUGCCAAAAUAGACAGGAUAGAAAUUCGCGGAAAGACACAGCUGAGUCGCAAUCGGACGGCGGGUUAUGCGAGGAAAGAGUUUGUGAAAAUUACCGUCGAAAAAGAAUUCUACAUGAAAGAGAUAUUCCAGCUCAACACAAAUCGAAGAAAAGUGAGGAACAAAAACUGCGAAAUGUUCAGCAUGUCGACAGAUUGAGUGUACCUGGCCCAUCUAGAGUAUUGGAUCAUCCUGUUGAUUACAGUUUAACUGGUUCUGCAAGCCAAAAUGGAGGUGCCUUAGACGAGGGACCACAUGAUAUUCAAAAUGCUAAUACCGAUGAACCUACUUUAUGUCCUGCACAAGUACAGUUUAAACCAACACCAGAGCGAUCUCAACAAACACAUCCAAAACACCCAUUGAGAAAUGACGAUGCACCGUCUGCUCCUGAUUUACAGUUGGAUUGGUCGUCUAGCAGCGACAGCGAAAACGAAGAGGACGCUGUAGAAGUGCUUGCAACUGUUAAUCACAACAAAGGUGUCUCACAAACUGCAAAUCAAGCAGCUGGUGCUGUACCAGUGGUUGAUCUUACAACAGAAUCGGAUGAGGAACAAAGCCUACCGCAACUUCAUCAGCAUGAUCCAGCCGUGAAUUCUGGUGGAGACCGUGUUCAGUGGUACCUACACAAUGCUCACAGGGUCAAUUCUUGCUGUAUGCAUGGACCUCCAGAUCAUCGAUCUCAUAUGUACCACCACUCUCAGACAUAUCAUGCUCAUCACAGGCCACCAGUCAUUCCUUACAGUUAUACAAACUUUACUUAUCCCAAUAACCAUCCAGAAGCAUCGAUGGGAGUCACAACACCUCGUAUGUAUUCUUUACAUGAGCAACUAUGGAUAAAUCAACAGCAUAGGCAAGAAAUGUAUCGUCGCAGGCUUAAUGCGAGAGCAUCUCAUCACGGAUGCAUGACGCCAAAUUCACAAGUGCCACAACCUGGUAUGCCACAACCUGGUAUGCACUUGUGUAGCAGCAGCAGUAGCAGCAGCAGUUCGAAUCCUCGUUGCAGUGGAAGAAAUGGAGCAACAUUGAAUGAGAAUUAUCAGUCUCCACCACCACCACCAUCACCACAGCAACCUACAGUUUACAGCCAUCCAGAAAUUCUGCCUCCAAACAUGAUGAUUGGUAGUCCAUGUCCACCGCCAGUCAUGAUGCAUCCUAUUCAUCCACCAGAGACCAUGGAAUCUGGACCUGAGAUGAUGCCUUCAAUGCCGGUACACCAACAUGUGCAUCACCAUAUGUAUCAUUAUCAUCCACCAGGGCCUCGACAAAUUCCUCACCAUCUGCAUAUUAGUUUUGGUCCUCACAUGCAUCCUGCCGCCGUGCUACCUAACUGCAGAGCUCCUGGAAGCCAGGAUAUGUUGUAUUCGGCCUUAGCACUGCCGGAUGUUCUUCAUCAAGCACGGCACAUGUCAGCACGGCUUGAACAUUUUAUGCAUGUCGUCGAUCAAAGGCGCUUGACACAUAUUAGCUGCGGAGCAACACAGGAAUCUAUUGAAAGUCACACAUUCCCGCAUAAAUACAAGCGGGUAAAAAAGGUAGAGAAUGCGGAGGAUUCUGUAGAAAAGUGUACUAUUUGUCUCUCAGAGUUUGAAGAUUGUGAAAGUGUUAGGAGGCUCCCAUGCAUGCAUCUAUUUCAUGUGGACUGCGUUGAUCAGUGGCUGUGCACCAACAAGCGAUGUCCGAUAUGUCGAGUUGAUAUUGAAACAUUUCUCCACAAAGAGCUCUCGGCUUCUACAUAGCUUAAGGUUAAUAAUAUUUCGUACCAACCCCUCUUACGUGAUGGUUUUUAUUCAGAAAUUUAAAUGCAAGUCUUGAACGUAAAAAAUUUCAACUUUUCCCCGAAUAAAUAUGUACACUAAUGUCUUAGAUUUUUACGGAUUCGGUGGUUUGCGUAUUUUAUUCGAACACGAAAUCUGAUGAGAAUCGGUUAUAAUG